AUGCAUAGCGUGGUCCCCAGACGCCAAAAAAUCGCCUCCGCAUGCAAAAAUGGACAGAUUAUGAUAUGGGAUGCAGCUACAGGCAUGCAAUUAGGAAAAACUUUGGUGCGGCAUAAACAGUGGAUCACGCAUUUGGCCUGGCAACCAAUGCAUAAGGACCCCAGUUGUAGGUUUCUCGCGAGUGCUGGUAAGGACGGUAAUAUUCUCAUCUGGGAUACCAUCAAGGGAACUGUGGAGCGUUCUCUCAGUGGUCACACAGCCUGCGUAACAAGCAUACGAUGGGGCGGUGAAGGACUAAUUUAUUCAGGAUCUCAGGAUCGUACUGUGAAGGUGUGGCGUGCUAGCGAUGGAAUAAUCUGCAGAAAUCUUACCGGUCAUGCGCACUGGAUCAACACUUUAGCGCUUAACACGGACUAUGCUUUGAGAACGAGCUGCUUUGAUCCAAAAACCGGUUGUAAGAGACCUGCCAGUGAGGAUGAGUGCCAAAAAACUGCUCUGCGACGAUACGAAGAAGCAUUGAAAGUGUGCGGUGGCGAACGACUUGUGAGUGGUUCGGAUGAUUUCACGAUGUUCCUGUGGAAUCCAUCUGAGUCCAAAAGCGCAAUUGCCAGGCUGACUGGUCAUCAACAGCUUGUGAAUCAGGUUAUGUUCUCGCCAGAUACUCGGUACAUAGCGUCAGCUUCCUUCGACAAGUCUGUCAAGCUAUGGUGUGGCCGAACUGGGAAAUUCAUUGCUUCGCUGAGAGGUCACGUCAAUGCCGUCUAUCAAGUGGCGUGGUCAGCGGAUAGCCGUUUGUUAGUCUCUGGAUCAGCUGAUUCUACACUUAAGGCUAGUUUUGUAUGGGAAAUCCGAAGCAGACGGCUACAUUUUGACUUACCAGGUCAUGGCGAUGAAGUAUAUACGGUAGACUGGAGUCCAGAAGGAACUAAAGUUGUCAGCGGUGGAAAAGAUAAGGUGCUUAAGUUGUGGCGGCAAUAG